AUGAAGCUGCUCGGGCUGUUGCUCCUGGUCCAGCCGCUGCUCGCAUGGCCCCAUUCGAUCAUUCCGCUCUCCUACGACCUCCUUUUCAAACUGCCGAUCCGAGAGUUCAAUGGAUUCACCGGAUCCAUGGUCCUUCACUUCAAUCUCUCCUCGCUGACCGAUAAUAUCACUCUGGAUUCGGUCGAUUUGCACUCUUUCCGCAAUAUUUCUCUGAUUUGCUCGAGCGAUUUGACGGAACCCGCGUUGAAAUCGAUUCGAAUUCUGAGGGAAAGCGUCGAGUUCAAGUUCGACAAGGCUCUCUUUCCAGGACAAUAUCUGCUUACUAUCGGUGAGUACUUGGGAACAAGAAAUGGGUAUUCACGGUUUGAAGUUUUUCGGUUUCGCAUAAUCUUCUCAACUAGUGAAUCAUUCUUCUGGAGCUCUUUCUGGAGCUAUAACGAACACUUCUUGAAGUUAUCGGGAAGACUUUUUCAAGAUUCCUCAAGUUCUAGUAUGACAUUUUCUAACCAGAAAAUGGGAUUACUGAAAUCCUAUCAGUUGCCAUGAAAAAUGCACUUGUUGAAACAGUCGAUAUCGUUUCCAUCUUAACCGGUAACUAUCAGCAGAAAAAGGCUGGAAUGGGGUUGGCUAACGAAGAAAUCAACAGAAUCUGACUGGGGAUGCUUACAGGCGAGUACAACGGUCGCAUCGGGAACGCGUCGGAGGGUCUUUUCGAGCGCCGCCGUCCGCUGCUCUACACGACGCAUCUGCAGCCGAACCACGCGCGCCGACUCUUCCCGUGCCUCGACGAUCCGGCGGUGAAGGCCGUGUUUCGGCUGUCGAUCGUGCACCCGACCGACACGGUCGCUCAGUCGAACACGAUUGCGAUGGACGUGCACGUGGAGAAUCGGAAGUGGCAGAGGACCAUCUUCCAGGCGACGCCACCGCUUCCCGCCUAUCUCGUCGCGUUUUCGGUCAUGCCCGACUCGAAUUUACAGGUUUGACAGGGGUUUGCGAACUUGAGAAAUUGGUGUGUUGAAAUAGAAAACAAGACUCAGCUCAAGCAGAUGGAUGUAUAGGAAGAAUAUUGUCGCUUCUAACUUGUCACCCAAAUGUAUGCUCGUGCUGAAACAGUAAAUCACAGAUCAAAUAAAAAUUGAAAAUAGUUUUAAGGGGUUUGAAGCUGAAAACCUCUAAAGAUUGUACCAAACAAGGUUUCGAUCAAGCGAUUUCGCAAAAAAAUUCGCAAAAAAGGCAAUAGGAUCUGCGACUCGAAGGAUCAUCCUGACCAAAGUCUGGACCGCAGUAACUCGCAAAGCAUUGCAAAAAAUAAAAGAUACUUGUGACCUGUCGCUAAAAUGUGCGAGACAGUAAAAAAAGUGGGUAAAUAGGACGUACUACAUAGCAGCAAGUCAAAAAAAAAACAACAACAGCUAGGUGUUGACACACAGGAGAGAGAGAGAGAGAGAAAGAGAAAGAGAUCAACAAAAACAAGGUUCUCUUGUUUAUUUACAUCUUUCGGCAUCGUUCUGGAUCCCUGCAGUAUACGUACAACUUAUUUGUUUAUUAGCUUUUUCUUCCCCAAGCAAGCUCACUUUUCAACACUAGUUUCCACUUUUUGAGCAACCCAAGGGACCAAAUUGAAUCAAUUUGCAGCUCUCGCGUCAAACAUCGUUCGGCGUGACGGUGCGAGUGAACGGAGAGUCCCGUGCGAUCGUGCUCCGAGUGUUGGACUGUGCUCUCGCCAGUUUUGAGAUCCUCGCGGGUCUGGUUGAUGUUCCGUUGCCUCUGAAUAAGGUUUGAAAGAACAAGAUUUGAACGCUCAAUAACUUUCAUCUUCGCUGAAUAGCUCACCACAGCAACAGCACUCUAAUACCGUCUUUUCAAGACUACGUAUCUCAGCUGUCGUUGAAGAUAUCAAAAGAGUUUCAACAGACAAAAUGUACAGAAUGUCUUUCUCAGCAAUUUAUCAGUUGACAACUUUUUGAUAUCUCUACCGGCAGCCGAGAUUCACUUCUUUUAAUAAACGGUACUGGGGUCUCUGUGCUCUAAACCUUGUAAGCCAUUCAGCAGAAAUAUAGAUUCAGGUCGACUUUUCCAGGGGUAUUUUCACAAAAAAACAGUGAUUUCAGAUCGAUUUCAUUCUCGUGGCCGACUAUGACGGAGGAAUGGAAAACUGGGGACACAUCACUGUUUCGGAGAGUUUGGCCACAAUGGGAGACGAUGCGCAUUUGAUUUAUCUGGUAAGAUUAGAGCAUUCACAAGUCCAUGAAAAGCGAAGGGAACGAAAUUUACAUCAAAUUAAUCAUAAACCAAAAAUCCUUGAAACCGUCCAACUGAAACUGUAAUUUUCUUCCAGAUCGCCCACGAAAUCGCGCACCACUGGAUCGGAAACCGCGCGACGAUCGACUCGUGGAGCUACAUCUGUCUUCAAGAGGAUCUCGCCGACUGGCUGGCGCUGAAGGCCGUCAAGGCGUUGUUGACGGACGAGACGAAACUGCAGAGGUUCCAACUGGCCCAAUACGUCGAGAUCCAACUCGUCGAGGACUUUUUGAGCCCCGGGCACUCGUUGUACAUGCCAGAGAGGAUUAGUCAGGAACUGGUGAGGGUGGAAGCAAUUAUGAUCUUCUCGGAACAGUAAAUAAUACGUUUGCAGAUAAACCGUCACUGCUACCUGAAAGGAGUGGUCCUUCUCGAUACUCUGGAAUCGGUGGUCGGGGAGCAGUUCAUGCUCUCCGUCAUUAAGAGCCUCGUCGGAUCGCAUUCCUCGUUCAAUCUCACCACAUUCACUUCCUACUUCGAUCAGAUUCGGGUGGAUCGGAAUGCCACUGUCGGACAGGUAUCCUACACUGUUUCACCUUCGCUUUUCACACUUUACUGUCAAUUUCUUCCCGCUUGCAGAUCUACGAAUACUGGUACACGACGGGCGGAUAUCCGUCGAUUCUCGUGGAGAACAACGGUCCUUCCUCUCGUCUCCAGCAGCUCUCCCGUCCCCUCUGGCCCCUUAAAAUGACCUCGACCCUCUCGAUUCCGCAGUUCGUCUUCUCCGAAUCGAUCGUUUUCGCUUCCGAGUCCGCUCCUCUCCUCGUCAACCUCAAUUUCACCUCUUUCAUGAGAGUCAACUACGAUUCGCUCACCUGGACCGCCAUUUUCAAGUCAGUUCUCUUUGUCAAGCUUCGAUUCCUGGAUCCGAGCGAUUCUUCAGGUACAUGUUCGAGGAGCCCGAUCUGUUUUCGGCGGUCGGAAGGGCUCAAUUGGUCUCUGAUUUCUGCUACUUCUACGCGAAUGACAAUGUGGAAAAUGGAAGUCUUUUGAAGGAAGCUGUCGUGGAUAUGGUUAGUUUCUUCGUUCCAGACGAUGUAUCUCAGCUGCUGGUGGAGAUAUCAAAAAGUGUUCAACUGAUAAAAUGUGCAGAAUUUCUUAGUGAUCAAUUUAUUAGUUGACAUCUUUUUGAUAUCUUUACUGGCAGCCGAGAUACAUUCGUUUGAAUAGACUGUAUCUUCAAAUUGCAGGUGUACGCGAAGCCGGAGUACUUCGAGCUGUGCGACUGGAACCUCUACUGGUGCCUGUCCCGUUCCGACCGCUCUCUUUUCCAUCAGAUCGUCCGCAGUCUGGCCCUCCGUUUUUCGUCGGCCACAUUCGAAAGUUCGACGGCGUUCGGCUGCAAGAACGGAAUGGCGGCCCGCAAUUUGAAUCAGUUCUGCGAGAAGAUCUUCGGUCGAAAGUGCAUUUGA